CUGAAGCCGGAAGAAGUGGUUAGCCAGCAGGGCACCAACAAAUGGAUGCACAUGACACGUGAAGAUAAUUGCCAGCAUUUCUUCUGUUGUCAGUUGAUUGCUUUUGUUACGUUAAAGUUAUAAAUGCAAACCAUGAGUCCUCUGAAACGAUCUGCGGAAAACUCCUCCCUCGAAGUACGGUUCAUUGGGGAUGGCGAUGUGUUAAACCACAUAGUCGAGAAGCAUGAAGGUCCAAAGACAACACCAUCCUCUGUUCAAACUUUGGUGACUGUGAAAGGUUCCAAGAAGAAGCUCACUGAUGAGGAUGAAGAAGAGCAGGAGGAGGAGGAGGAGGACUUUAACGAGCAGGACUACGUGGAUGCCCUAGGCACUGAAACCGAAGAAGGAGCUGAGAAUGGGUCAACUGGCACAGCUGGUGCUAACGUCUUCACUUUUCAAUCUCUCAAACGCAAGAACAAAAUGGCACAGAUGGCGUCCGAGUGGGCUCGGACUCCAGCGAAGAGUGUAAACUUCAGCGUCUCAGAUUCCCCAGAGAAGGCCGACGGCAAGAGGGCUGUCACUCAAAACAAGACUCCACAAAAGGGGAAGAAGGUGCAGUUUGUCUCCACUACUCCCCAUAGGCUGAGAAAGAGAUUAUCAGCUCCCAACCUGAAGUCAGACAGCGACAGUGAUUUCUCCGCAUCCAACUCUGAGGAUGAUGAAGAGGGUGAGGAAGAUGAGGUCGCCGGACGAGAGAAGAAUGAUACGGCUGAGGUUCAGCCUAAAACCCCCAGCAAGUCGGCCACAGCUGCUGCUGCCGCCGCGCUCUACAAGACUCCUGCCAAGAAGAGCAAGAAGGCACCUGAGCCUCAGCCUAAUCUGGUGGAAGAGUAUUUUGAGGCUCACAGCAGCUCCAAGGUCCUGACUUCAGACCGCACCCUCGAGAGACUUCAGACCCCCAAACUGGACCGGGACACACUGGUGAGGCUGCUGGACGGAAAGCCUUCCUGUUACAACACAGAGAUCAAGCAGCUGAACCUAACCCACGAGAAGCUCUUCAGCAAGUGGAUGCUACAGUUACAGCUGGGCUUUAACAUGCUACUAUACGGCCUCGGCUCGAAGAAGCUUCUGCUGGAGAAGUUCCGCACCUCCAUGUUGUCCGACUCCCUCCACCUGGUGGUCAACGGCUUCUUCCCCAGCAUGACCCUCAAAUCGAUCCUGAAUGCCAUCACCAGUGAAGUUCUUGAGCACGAUGGCACUUUCCGCACCCCCAUGGACCAGAUAGACUUUGUUGGGAAAACUUUGAAAGAAGAUCCAGACACACAGAUCUACCUGAUCAUCCACAACAUCGAUGGCCCCAUGCUGCGUGGAGAGAAGACCCAGCAGGCCCUAGGGCAGCUGGCCUCCAUUCCCAACAUGCACCUGUUGGCCUCCAUAGACCACAUCAACGGCCCGCUUGUGUGGGACCAGUCAAAGAUGAGUCUGUAUAACUGGCUAUGGUACGAGACCACCACCUACCUGCCCUACACAGAGGAGACGUCUUAUGAGAACUCACUGCUGGUGCAGCAGACUGGAGCCCUGGCCCUCAGCUCCCUCACACACGUGUUGCGCAGUCUCACGCCUAACGCCAGAGGGAUCUUCAGGCUGCUGGCCGAGUUUCAGCUGGAGAACAAAGACAACCCCUCAUACACAGGGCUGUCUUUCCAAGACUUCUAUCAGCGUUGUCGUGAGGCCUUCCUGGUGAAUAGUGACAUCACUCUCAGAACACAGCUGACGGAAUUCAGGGAUCACAAGCUCAUUCGCACCAAGAAGGGUGCUGAUGGCGUGGAGUACCUGCUCAUUCCUGUGGACACAGGCACUCUGACCGACUUCCUGGAGAAGGAGGACAUGGACUGAGCGAGGAGGGGUGAAGGAUGGAUGGACAUUUUCAAGAUCUGAGCACUUGUGUGGGGACACCCUCACUUAUGGACUUAAAAACUAGCCUUGGUCUGACCACAGCAGCGAGCAUGUGUCCACGAAACUGGGCCAACAGAAAGCACCAUGGGAAGAGCUGCACUCUUCACCAUGACAACGAUGCUCUUUCAUUUUGCCAAACAAAUGUCACAUUACAUUUGAACAGUAACCAGCACAAGACUUAAAUGAAACUCCAUGCAAAAUGACAAGCAUUUGUAGGACUCGUGAUGUCUAGCUCUAGACAGGACUUGAUGGCAUGGACUCUUGUGAGCCAUCUGUGCGCGAUGAAUGAAACAGAAUGCUGUACUUUAUAAAUGUUCAACAACAGCUCACAUAUGACCAUUUCUGCUGUAGAUUAAUGAUAGACAUUAUUGAAUCAUGAGCUGAUGAAAUAAAACAUUUUGUACUUGUAUCAUUAAAAGAAUCACUUUUGCA